AUGGCCAGCGUCCAUGAGAGCCUCUACUUCAACCCCAUGAUGACCAAUGGGGUGGUGCACGCCAAUGUGUUCGGCAUCAAGGACUGGGUGACACCGUAUAAGAUCGCGGUGCUGGUGCUGCUGAACGAGAUGGGCCGCACCGGCGAGGGCGCCGUCAGCCUCUUGGAGCGGCGGAGGCUCAACCAGCUGCUCCUGCCGCUGCUGCAGGGCCCAGAUAUUCCAUUGUCAAAACUGUACAAGUUAAUUGAAGAAUCGUGUCCUCAGCUGGCAAAUUCAGUACAGAUCAGAAUCAAACUGAUGGCUGAAGGUGAAUUGAAGGAUAUGGAACAGUUUUUUGAUGACCUUUCAGAUUCUUUUUCUGGAACUGAACCAGAGGUUCACAAGACAAGUGUUGUAGGUUUAUUUCUGCGUCACAUGAUCCUGGCCUACAGUAAGCUUUCGUUCAGCCAAGUGUUUAAACUCUACACUGCCCUUCAACAGUACUUCCAAAAUGGUGAGAAGAAGACAGUGGAAGAUACAGAUAUGGAACUGUUGAAUAGAGAGGAAGGUGGAAGAAAAAUGGAAAAAGAGGAGUUGGAUGUAUCUGUCAGAGAAGAGGAAGUAUCUUGUAGUGGGCCUCUAUCCCAAAAGCAAGCGGAGGUUUUUCUUUCUCAGCAGGCUUCCUUGUUGAAGAAUGAUGAGACUAAAGCCCUCACGCCAGCUUCAUUGCAGAAAGAAUUGAACAACUUAUUGAAAUUUAAUCCUGAUUUUGCUGAAGCGCAUUAUCUCAGCUACUUAAACAACCUCCGGGUCCAAGAUGUUUUCAGUUCAACGCACAGCCUCCUUCAUUAUUUUGACCGCCUGAUUCUUACCGGAGCCGAGAGCAAAAGUAAUGGAGAAGAGGGGUAUGGCCGGAGCCUGAGAUACGCAGCGCUGAACCUGGCCGCCCUGCACUGCCGCUUUGGUCACUAUGGAGCAGGAGCCACUGUCCUGGCCAUGACAAGUGGGGACUGUUUCUCCCUCCAGAGCUGGCUUUACGUGCUGGGGCAGAAGAGGUCUGACAGCUGCGUUCUGCUGGAGCACUCUGUGAAGAAAGCAGUGCAUUUUGGGUUACCGUACCUCGCAUCCCUGGGGAUACAGUCCUUGGUGCAGCAGAGAGCAUUUGCUGGGAAGACGGCAAACAAGCUGAUGGACGCCCUGAAGGACUCGGACCUCCUGCACUGGAAGCACAGCCUGUCGGAGCUCAUCGACAUCAGCAUCGCCCAGAAGACGGCCAUCUGGAGGCUCUACGGCCGCAGGUUGUCACCCCAAGACCAGGGCUGUUUUGCCGCAGCUUCAGAAGUGUUGAAGCAUUUGAAGGAACGAUUCCCCCCCAACAGUCAGCAUGCCCAGUUAUGGAUGCUGUGUGAUCAGAAAAUCCAGUUUGACAGAGCAAUGAACGAUGGCAAAUACCACUUGGCUGAUUCACUUGUUGCAGGAAUCACAGCCCUUAACAGCAUAGAGGGUGUGUACAGAAAAGCAGUUGUACUACAAGCGCAGAACCAGAUGUCGGAGGCGCACAAGCUGUUCCAGAAGCUGUUGAUCCACUGUCAGAAGAUGAAGAACACAGAGAUGGUGAUCAGUGUCCUGCUCUCGGUGGCGGAGCUGUACUGGCGGUCGUCCUCCCCCACCGUCGCCCUGCCCGUGCUCCUGCAGGCCCUGGCCCUCUCCAAGGAGUACCGGCUGCAGUACCUGGCUUCCGAAACAGUGCUGCAUUUGGCUUUCGCCCAGCUCAUCCUUGGAAUCCCAGAACAGGCCUUGAGUCUUCUCCACAUGGCCAUUGAGCCCAUCUUGGCUGACGGGGCCGUCCUGGACAAGGGCCGGGCCAUGUUCUUGGUGGCCAAGUGCCAAGUGGCUUCAGCAGCUUCCUAUGAUCCAGCAAAGAAAGCAGAAGCUCUGGAGGCCGCCAUUGAGAACCUCAACGAAGCCAAGAGCUACUUCACCAAGGUCGACUGCAAAGAGCAGAUCAGAGAUGUCGUGUACUUCCAGGCCCGGCUCUACCACGCGCUGGGGCAGACCCAGGAGCGGAACCGCUGCGCCAUGCUCUUCCGGCAGCUGCACCAGGAGCUGCCCUCCCACGGAGUGCCCUUGAUCAAUCAUCUCUAG